AAGAAUCACAGUCAGUUUCCCAAGUCUUGAAAGAGGUAAACCAGGAUCAGCUGAACACUCUGAAACAAAAUGCUAAGGAUUGUCUCAACUUAUUAGGCCCCACAAAACUGUUGGAUUCUGAGCAACUGGCCGUGUAUCCUGACACUAAAUGGCAACUGGAACGGAAGCAAAAUAAGAUGAACCAAGACAUCUUCACGGUUCCAGCUAAGUAUCUGCUGAUCAAUGCAGAAAAUAAGGCAGCACUUUCCCAGUCCUACAUAUCAAAUACCCCUCAAGCUGUUCCUGAAGGAUCUGGAGACAUUGAAGAAGAUGAUCGCAGUACUGUAUCUUUUUUCAGUGAUUCUGCAAGUUUGAAUGGAUCCUUAGAAAAUCCCUGGGAUGCAGUCCCAGGAAUAAUCUUGAGCUCUUCCAGCGAUACUUCUGGCACAUCCUGUGGACUUCCCCAGAUGCAGCAGAUGCUCUUGGCCAGUCCUGCUGAAGAAGCAAGUCCAGACUCCAACUCUUGCAUCUCACAUUUCCCGGAGCCUUGUGAUAAUAUGCCUCACUCCAGCUCUGAGCAGGCUGCGCCAGCAAAGUUUCCAUCGCUGUUUCAUUUUCAGAACAGGGAAUUUCUCCACGAAAUGCCCAGUCGGAAAGCUGACCUGAUUACGUCAACUACGUCAGGCCAGGACAGCGAACUUGCAGACAGCGUUCCUUGCGGUCAGCCGUUAAAUAAAUCCUGUCUUCGUAAUGCCGUCCUUUCUUUUUCUUCUGUUGGUCAUUCCAAUGAGGGCGACUUGUCCUCUGAGCCGGUGUCUGAAAGGAGGAAGGGUUGUCUAUCCCUUGCCCAUGGGGCCCAGGAGAGGACAGCUAGACAGAAACACUGUGAAACUCAGAAAUACGUGUCAGCUAAAAGGAAGCAAGCGCCAAGUGAAGAAGAAUCCUCUGAGACUUUUUCUCCAACUUGCAGUAGUAAUCUGGAAGCUGUAGGGCAUUGCUCUACUGAGACUGUUACGAAAUCUAGUAAUCCAAGUGGGAAACAUGUAAAUCGCUAUCUUCCCUUGAACUUUGCAAGCACCCCUAAGAAAAGACGGUUGGAGGAGAUUCAGGAUCAGCAGUCACCUGUGUUUGCCCAUUGCAGUUAUACAGAGAAAUUUCUGGAAAAAAGAAGCGAGCAGGUACCCAGAGGAGUCACCACAAGGAAAUCAAAGCAAAUCGGAGUUCAACCAAAGGAGAACGCGAAAGGAGACGGUUUUCAUUUUAUACCCAACCCACCUACACCUGAGCUCUGCUCUCAAGUGCAGUCUGUAAGGAUCUCAAGAGCCUUGCUGGAAUGGGCACGCUGGGUUUUCAGCAAUGAGGAGAAGCAAUAAACUUCCUUAAGAUACCUUGAUCUCAGGUUGAAUUACCUAAGACACUUUUGCUACGGUUAAGCUGUUUGGGUUUUUUUUUUAUUCUGUUUUCCUGAAGAUGGAUAUGUUGUUUUGAUUUCACGUACAAGGGGGGAAAAAAGGAAUCCAUCACCUUUUCAUCUGUUGUUUGGACGUCUCGAGCAAAGAUUGCUUUGAUUUUUGAUACAAAGAUGUGCCACCUGCUCUUUUUAAGGAUGGCAGAAUGACAGUGCCAAAGACAUAAUGCUCCUGUUUAUAUGAAGUUAUAAGUGGGACUCAGCUAUAAGCGCACACUUGUUUGUAUAUUUUUGUUUGUAACUUGUUAAAAUAAACUGGUAUCCAUUACAGCUUGCCUUGUACGUCAUAAAGAUAAAGAGUUAUUUUUAAGUAGGGGGAAAGCUGUUUUUUUUACAGUUGGUUGUAAAUAGAAUGCAAAGAAAUUUGGUCUUUAAAAGUUGACAUACGGAAACUACAGUUCCUAAGCUAGUGAGUCCUGGGGCAUGCAAAAAAAAACCCUGUAAUUUUAUCUGCAAUGAGGGAUUUGCAGGUAUUUAAGGAGCAUAUCCAUUUUUGAAGCUAGAGAGGAUCUGUAGCCCACAUGCCUUUAGAGCUGGUCCAGGAAUUGCUCAAAUUAUUUUAUUCAUUUUGCUCCCUUAAGAGACUUUAGACAGUAGAAGUAUAUUCUCUGUUUAAAUGUUACGUGUUGCACAAUUUACUUGUGCUUUAGAAUUUCAGGAGUUUGCAAAGAGUAAAUCCAUAAACAAUAGCACAUACCGUAGCUACAACCACAUAGUGGUUUUAAUGCAGUUAAGAAUACAAAAUUUCAUUUAUGGGUACAAUUCCAGUCUGGUUUGUUUGCAGUGAAUGAGAUGCCACUAGUAAGCCUGCAAUCAUAUGAAGACAAAUACUAUCUCUGUUGUUAUUCUCCAGUGACAGGAUUUAUAUCUUUAUGUUUCUAAAGAGGGAAGUUCCCUUACAGAUUAUGCCUAAUACUCAUGAAUCUGUUUUAUCUCUUUUAGAACAUUAAGAAAUGCACAUAAUUGCUUCUUGUAGCUUUCAUGGUUCAGAAUUGUAUAAAGAACUUUGUUCACAGUCUACUAUCACUUUCAUUAGAUAACUAUGCAGCAAAGCAAAAUCAAAUUUGUAGAGUAUUUCAGGAGACAGAUAUCUGUUAUGGGUCAUUAAGGUAACUGAGUGUGGCAUCAGAAAGACCAUAUAGAAGAAGGUGAACUUUCAUUAUUGUGAUAGAAAUACAUCUAAUGAAGUGCUACACCAAUUAAAUAUUUCUUGCUUUAAGCGAUGAAUGGUUUUCUACAACAGUAUAUAUUUGUAAAAAUGCCAUAAAGGUAAUAAACAAUUGUAUGCCAACA